AUGGCAUGUCAUAACGUACCAGCAUCGUCCGCAGAAUGUGCACCCACGCUACAAGUUCUUAAACCAGCGCCAGAUUUCUCUGCAACUGCUCUUAUUGAUGGAAAAUUUGCUCCUGUAAAACUGAGUGAUUUCAAAGGAAAAUACCUUGUGCUCGUUUUCUACCCACUUAAUUUUACAUUCGUUUGCCCCACAGAAAUUAUUGCAUUUAAUGAGAGGAUUAAAGAGUUUUCUGCUCUUGGCGCCCAAGUAGCCGUUGUCUCGGUUGACAGCAUUUACUCUCACCUUUCCUGGGUCAAUAUGCCAAGAUCUCAGGGUGGAUUGGGAACCAUAGAUAUUCCAAUGAUCUCAGACCUUAAAAAGUGCAUCUCCCGUAAAUACGGAGUUUUACUAGAGGAAGAAGGCCACUCUACGCGUGGUACGUUUAUCAUCGAUCCCACUGGAAUUCUUCGCCAUUAUUCUGUUAAUGAGCCAGCUGUUGGACGUUCAGUUGAUGAGACUCUUCGUUUGCUAAAGGCCAUACAGUUUACAGCAAAGCAUGGAGAGGUGUGCCCUGUCGAUUGGAAAGAAGGUGAAAAGACUAUCAAAGCUGAUCCCAAAAAGUGCAAGGAAUACUUUGCCGAUAAAUACUAG